AUGUCAGAUGAAAGCUGUGCAAAAAAAGCGCUGAAAUGUGAGAGCCUUCGCGAGGCCGCUAAUGGAAAUCAACAUAUUGCCAACGUUUUCGUUGUCGACGCUAAGCGAAAAAUCAUUUUAUUGUCUUCCAUCGCUUUGGCAGUUAAAAACACAUUAAAUGCCUAUUUAAUUAAAAUCGCAAAAGCUGCCAUAGUCCUCCGCAUUCGUCUGGGAGCAUAA